GAGAGAGAGAGAGAGAGAUGAACUCGUGAUGCAUGGGUUCGGAAUUUGAAGCAAUUUUGAUGACGCUCCUCCUCCUCCUCAUGAUGUCAGUUGUCACAUUCAUCCCUCAAGCUCUAGGUUGCUACAGCUCAAUCAUCAGCUUCGGCGAUUCAGUUUCCGAUACAGGCAACUUGUACAACAGCUCCCCUAACAAAUCUUUCAACUUUUUCUUCCCUCCUUAUGGAGAGACCUACUUUCACCAUCCCACCGGACGCUGCUCCGACGGCCGUUUAGUCAUAGACUUCAUUGCUGAAUCUAUGGGACUUCCACUAGUACAACCUUACCUCGAAAGCCAUAACCAAACUGCCGACAACAUUGAAGGUGGUGUGAAUUUUGCAGUAGUAGGAGCCGCUGCGCUGGACACUGCCUUUCUUGAAGAAAUGGCUGUAUAUAAUGAAAUUACAAACGACUCUCUAAGAAUUCAACUGGACUGGUUCCAAGAAAUGCUGUCACUUUUAUGCAACACAUCUUCAGACUGCAACAAACUGCUUUCGGGUCUAGUUCUGAUGGGAGAGAUCGGAGGCAACGAUUACUACAAUGCAUUGUUUUCAGGAAAAAGUACAGAACAGGUGGAAAAAUAUGUCCCAUUUGUGAUAGAAGCAAUAGCUUCAGCAAUCAAUGAGUUAAUUGCGCUUGGGGCCUCAACACUUCUUGUACCGGGCGUCUUUCCAUUUGGAUGCGUUCCUGCUUUUCUAACAAGAUAUCAAACUUCAGAUGAGGAUGAAUACGACCCUUCGACUGGCUGUCUAAACUGGUUGAACAAGUUUACCGAGUAUCACAACAAGCUGCUCCAGAUAGAAUUAAGGCGGAUUCAAAGCCUUCAUCCUCAUGUCAAUAUCAUUUACGCAGAUUACUACAAUGCCAUGCUAGAACUGCAUCAGUCUCCAGACCAAUUUGGAUUUACUGGGGAAACUACCAAAGCAUGCUGUGGAGGAGGAGGGCCAUACAAUUACAACUCAUCAGCACUAUGUGGCACUCCAGAGGCAAAUGUACUUUGUGAGAACCCUGCACAGUUUAUUAGCUGGGAUGGUCUGCAUUCAACUGAAGCAGCAUACCGGUGGAUAGCCAAGGGUUUAUUAAACGGAAAUUACACCGUUCCUCAAAUUAGUGCCUUGUGUGUUUCACAACUGUGACUUCAUUUAGAUCUUCAUCAUCAGUACGAAAACUUUCUUCAAUA